AUGGCCGGCAAUCACGUGGUCGGGACGCUUCUUGCAACGGCGCUGGGGAUUUUCGCCCUCUACAUGACUCAGUACAAGGUCAUGGGAGACGACCCGGCAAUGCAAAAGCUGUCACAGCUGUGCAUGUCAGGGAACGCCACGGCCCUGAAGGAGGCCGGGCUUCACGAGUACGAGUACUGGAUGGGCGGCAGUUUCGUCUGCAUAGUCACGCAGUUUGCGUACGCCCUGGCGAGAGAGCCUGCUGGCAUGCUGGCAUGGGGCGCUGCGGGCACCCUUCUUUUCCCCUUGAUGCUCCUCAUCUUCACAGAGGCUGGGCGACCUGGUGCGCGGAACAUGGUCAAGUGGCCCAUUCUUGUUCUCUUCUUGAGCCAGGUCUUAGGAAUCAGCUUCGCGUUUCCCUGCUUCUGGAUGAAUGCCGCGUUCCAAGAGGGGACGGGCAGUGGCUCACCCUCCACUGGCCGCGUUUGGAUGGCCAUGCUCGUUCCGAUGUUGGUCUUGUGCCUGGAGGUGGGCGUCUUCAAUCUGGACCCGCACACGCACGCCUGGACACUUUGCGCAGACUCGCUGGUUGGCCCUGGCCUUGCCCUGCUGGGCCUGCUGAUGUGGCCUUUCCCAGCGCCGCAGAAGCCUGAUCCGGCAGCAAUGGAGUUGCUGAAGAACGCCUAUUUGGCAUUCGGCUUCAUCUCAGCCAUGGGCUACUAUUCUCUGGUCUUCUACGCCUGGGGCACCUUCGGAAGCUCCGACGAGCUGCUUUCAGCGCUCUGGGGGCCCAAGGCGAGCCCAUGGGUGGCCUUCAUGACGGUUGACUCCAGUGUGCUGUGCCUGUCCAUGCUUCUUUACUUGGCCGUGACCUGUAGCAGCCGAGAUGUGCUCUGGGCCAUCGUGUGGUCACCUUUCGUUGGCCCUGCCUCCGCAUACUGCGACGUGCUGCGCGCACGCGAGGAGCGCCGUCUAGAGAUGCUGGAGUAUCUGACAGCGGCCGGCCGUGACCCACUGCUGCCCAGCUAG